GUGCACAGAGAGAAGGGCAUCCAGAACACCUUUGAUCUUCAGCUCUACACCAGCCUGAGACCUCCACCUGUGACCACACCCAGCCACCUACCUGAGCAGAGCUGCACACCAGUGAAGAAUCAGCAACUGAACCGCCAAGAUGAGCGAGUUGAAGUUUAAAAUUGUGGACUUCAAGCCAGGAAUGGAACUGAAGGUCAAAGGAGUCCCCAAACCCAAUAUCGUUCGUUUCAAUAUCAAUGUAUACGACUCAAAAGACAACAUUGCGCUGCAUUGCGACGCACGCUUCGACUAUCAAGAUGAACAUCGAGUCAUCGUCCUGAGCUGCAGGAAGGAUGAGAUAUGGCAAAAUUCAGUGAGGUCGAACAACUUCCCUUUCCAGUGGGGGCAAGAGUUUGAGAUGACCAUUACCUUCGCCGAUGACAGAUUUUACAUUAAUCUACAUAAUGGCCAUUUGCUGCAGUUCCCCAACCAUCUGGCUGACCAACAAUAUGAUACCAUUUCCAUUGAUGGAGAAGUCACAAUCAGGAGCAUAUGUGUGAAUUAGAAUCAGGAGGUGCAAGCCAUCCUCUUUCCGGCUCCCGAUUGGCUGAUCUGCUUCUGUUUCCUGCUUCCUUCCUACAGCUGUGCUAUGACUGCACUUUGUCUCUCCCAGACAUCAGUAUAUGUUUAUGAAAUCUGUCUGUUGAAAUGGGGUCAGAAUGUACAGAAUUUAAUGUUUUUAAGGGCUGAGUGUCUGUGGCUGUUGUGGUUAUUUCUGUGGGGAACCCUGAAAAGUGCCAAACUCUCGGUGCUGUAUAGGUAUGGGGCAUGCCCCCGCCAAGGCGUAACUUGGCGGGAUGGUAUACCUGCCAUCCCAAUAUGGCCAGCGAGUAGGGUGUAGGGUGGAACGUGAGCCAUGGUUAACUCAUAAUGUUUGACCAGAACAUCAUCAAAAUGAACAUGCUCAUGGCCAGCUUCUGUUCAUUUGUUGAGACUGCACGAAUGCAGGUUUACAAGCACGGACUUGCAGGCGAUUAACUUUUCUUUUUUUAUAAUGUACCCUCAUAGAAGAGCUUCAUGAGAAAUAUUCCAGCCAAAUUAGCCUAUUCAGUGUUAAAUCAUUCAAAUUAUACAUUUUGUGGGGGGGUGCUGGAGCCUCUCCCACUGUACAUUGGGCGAGAGGCAGGAAUACACCCAGAACAGACCGCCAAUCUAUCUCAGUAUUUUAGACCAAUUAUGCAAAAUUGCUUUUUACUGAAACUGAUAUAAAUAUAAAUAAUAUAAAUGAAGAUCAAGAGCUGCAUCAUAUAGAUUUAGAUAUUUAUACUUAGAUCACUCAUGGGCUUAUUUUGUUGUUUUUCACUGCAGUUGUAGUGAGCUCUGUGUGAACUGGACUGUUUUUUCUUUGGUAACUUAACUCUCCUGCUUCUCUCCCCAGCCCCCUUUUAACUGUUCCUAUGAUCUCUCCUCCUCUCUUCCAGGUGACCAUUUUCUUUGGCGAUGACAAAUUUUACAUUAAUCAACAUAAUGGCCAUGUGUUGCAGUUCCCCAACCGUCUGGGUGACAAACAAUACGAUUUUAUUUGGAUUGAAGGAGAUGUCACAGUCAAUAGCAUACAUGUGAAAUAAAGACCAAUCAGGAGCUGCUACCCAUCCUUUUUUUGGCUCCUGAUUGGCUGCUGUGCUUCAGCUUCGAGCUUCCUUCCUACAGCAGUGCUAUGACUGCACUUUGUCCCUCCCAGACAUCAGUGCCUUUAAUCUUGUGCUUCUCUGCAACAUUUAACUGACCCCCUCUGGCGUCUGUCCAAACUCACUGAGUGUGAGAAUCAUUUCAGCAUCAAUAAUAAAUCUCUGUCAUGAGCAAAUCUA